UCAGCCCAAGUAUCAAUUUUUGAAGGAAGUGUUGGCAUCUGUGAAGGAGGUGGGCUAUUUCCCAUUUAAAGAUAAUGAUGCCGUAAUAAGUCCUGGUAAAGCCAAACCAAAUUCUGUAUUCAUAUUUGAUGAUGUAUCAACGGAUCCGCAACAAACAAUACGUGAAUAUUACUGUAUGGGGAGACAUAAAAAUAUCGAUUGUGCAUACCUAUGUCAAUCCUACAGUCGAGCAGGCAAACAACUCCUACGUGAUAAUGCUAACCUUAUUGUAUUGUUUAAACAGGAUGAGCUCAAUUUAAAACACGUCUUUGACGAUCACGUCUCUCCUGACAUGACAUUUGAGCAAUUUAAACAAUUUUGUUCUGAAUGUUGGAAGGACAAGUAUGGUACAUUUGUUAUUGUUAAGGAUUUUGAUAUUUCUAACGGACGCUAUCGUAAAGGUUUCGACAAGUUUAUAAAAGUUUAGACGUGACUGAGACACGUGCAUUAUAUAAAAACAUGUUGGACAAACAAGUGCUUCUACGCAAGCGCAAAGUUGCGGAAUUAGCUAGAGCUAUUCGCAAAAAGUAUUUAGCUUUAAAACUAGGUAAAUCGGAGGAGGAUGAAACUUUGAAAAAAAUGUUUAAACCCAUAACCGGUGUUCUAAAAACAUCGCAAUACAAUGCUAACGUUAAAACGGAGUCCAUUAAAAAAGAAGAACCAAUGGAAAAAGAAGAAGAAAUUAAAAAAGAAGAUAUCAGCACCAUAAAAAAUACAUCAUUUAUCAGUGAUGAAGAGGUAUUUGAAAACAGCGAUAAAUCCGAUGAAGAAUACGAAGAUAGCAUAGAAACAAACCAAUCGCAAGAUAAGGUAUCCGAACAAGAAUUUCAAGAUUACCUAGAAAAAUACCAUCAUCUAAUUCAUCCUUAUGUGAAAGACCAUUGGCAGUAUUCAGAUAAAAUAGAUAGAGUAUACGGUCCUACUCAUGAUCCCGUAACUUCCAAAUGGAAACUUGGAAAAACUGUUAUUGAUUUCACCCAUAAUGGUUGGAUUGUGGCGAAAGGAGACUAUGUUGUUGGAACUCGCGGGCUAUAUGAAUUAAUAUUUUACAAAGAACCUAAUUAUUACACUGAGGACGAUGUGAAACGAUAUAUUACAUUGCUGGAAUUAACCAAUGCUCAUAAAAAACUGAAUGGUACACUAAAGGGAACCAAAACCUAUAAGUGGAAUGAAAUUAUUAAACCUAAUCUUAAUAAAUCACUUCUUAAACCUGACCUGAAUAAAUCAUUUCGUCGUAAUACAGUAUCUGGUAGGGAGGAGGUUGGCUCAGGAAUACCGACACAUUGGGAAGACAGCGAUGAUCAUGUGCAAUAUGUGUAUUGGGAUGACCCAAACGAACUUUGUGAGCGCCUCAAAUUGUUGAUGGCUGAGCAAAAAGCAGGAAACACCGCAUCCCUCAAUAACGAAAUUGUUGCCAUUAUCAACGAAUUACGUGAAGCAGAUAUUAUAUAUUAACGUUAGAUCAGAUUAUUGUAGCAUCAUUUCCAAUAUGAAUGUUGACAAGUUUGGUCGCCAUCAUUAUCGUUCUAAUGAACAAGCUGUUAAAAAGCUACGUGAAGGCUUAAAACAAUCUAUUUUGGAUGUACAAAACCAAAUACAUGCAGUAAAGAAGGAUAUGCAACGGAAUCCUCCUGUAGCUGAUACAGAUCUUUCCAACAAGAAAUACGUAGAUGGUCGCAUUGUUCAUGUCAAGUCUUUUGUAAGAAAAGAGUUUAAUUUGUUACGCAAAGAAUAUAAUGCAAAACAUGUUCAACUUCAACAAAAAAUCUCAGACACCAUAAGUAAAGUAGAAAGUGAUUCUAAUAAAAAAAAUAAUUUGUUGUUUGAUGAGAACAAAGUGAAUGUUGCAAAAAUAUCCGAUUUGUCGAAACAAGUACACGAGUUUAGAAAUGACCUAGAUUUAUUUAAACGUGAAAUGAAUAAGAACGUUACAGAUGCUGCUCACCAAAGCGCACAAAAUAUGUUGAAAUCGUUGGAAAUGGAAAAAAAGAUUAAAACAACGGAUCUUAAUUCACAUGAUUUAGAAAAUCGUCUUAAGGUAGUAGAAGAAUACGUCGAAAAUAAUAAAAUUGUCUAAAGAGCCAAU